CCGUAACCGCCUGCCCCUCCAUCUCCCAUCCUUCCUGAAGGUUCAUCUCCCUCUAUGGAAGUGGUUUCCCUGGACCAGUUAACACAGGAAUAAGAUGGCAAGCAAGAAGAAGGAAGUUCAGCUACAGGCAGUAAUACUUACUCAAGAACAAUGGGAAGAAAUGUUGCUGAAGAAAGGUCUAACAGUAGUAGAUGUGUAUCAGGCUUGGUGUGGACCUUGCAAGGCUGUCUUGAGCUUAUUCAGAAAACUAAAAAAUGAAUAUGGUGAAGAUGAUCUUCUGCAUUUUGCGGUGGCAGAAGCUAACAGCAUUCCAAGUCUGCUCCCCUUUAAAGAUAAAUGUGAACCCGCUUUUAUCUUCUGUGUGGAUGGCAAGAUGGUAGACAUUGUGAGAGGCGCGAAUGGACCUCUUCUGUGUAGAAAAGUCAUAGAGAUAGUAGAACGAGAGAGAAGAAUCGUAGCAGGAGAAGCAGAAAGACCAGAGUUGCCAGAACUUCUGUUUGUGGAGGAAAAAGAAUCCGAUGAAGAACUGGUAGAAGAAGAAGCUGUCGAGGAGGAAAAAUACACUGUUGUGAUCAUAAAACCUGAUGCGGUUGAAGCAGGAAAAGUUGAAGAAAUUAAACAAACGAUUACAGAGGCAGGCUUUAACAUUCUUGCAGAAGCCCUGAGGACAUUAACGGAUGAGCAAGUUAGGGAUUUUUAUCAAGACAAAUCGGAAGAGCUUGACUUUGAAGAGUUUGUUUCAUUUAUGCUGUCUGGACCAUGCCAUGUACUGAUCGUUUCUGAAGGAAAGCAAACGCAUGAGGUUAUGCCUUAUUUACAAGAAUUAGCUCCUGGAGAACUGAAGGAGGGAGAGGAGGGGGAAGAAGAAGAGGAGGAGGAGGAAGAGGAGGAGGAAGAAGGGUAUCGGAAACCUCCAAGUGAAGCGCCAGCCAGCUUGAAAGGGUUCUUGGAAGGCCAGGCUAUGUCAGAUUUAUGUGACGUUCAUGACAGAAUGGAAGAAGCAAGCCGCGAAUUGGCCUUCUUGUUCCCUGAUUUUUCCAAGCCGAAGAAAGGCCCAGCUCUUGAAAAAACAGUGGCCUUGAUUAGACCUUCUCUCUUGAGGGAAAGGAGAGAUUCUAUUCUGAAAAGGAUUGAGGAGGAUGGCUUUCAGAUAGCAAUGCAAAGAGAAAUCGUCUUAACAGAAGAGCAAGCUCGUGAGUUUUACAAAGAGCACGAAGGUCAAGAUUAUUUCCCAGCUCUACUGGAACAAAUGACCAGCGGACCAACUCUUGCACUUGCUUUGGUACGAGAAAAUGCGAUACAGAAAUGGAGAGCUUUACUGGGCCCAAAGAUAGUAGAGGAAGCAAAGGAACAAUGCCCAACAAGCUUACGCGCUGAGUUCGCGGUUGACAACGCACCCAUCAAUCAGCUGCAUGGAAGCUCAACCUCUGAACAAGCUGCAAAGGAAAUGGAAUUCUUCUUUCCUGUGCAAAACACUUUUGCUGUCAUUAAACCCACUGCUUUUGAGGAGCACAAAGAUGAAAUUCUACAAGAAGUAAAAGAAGCUGGAUUCAUCAUAUCUGAAAUGAAAGAAACACACAUAUCCUCCGAGAUGGCAGCACAGUUUUAUAAAAACCAAGAAGGAAAACCCUUUUAUGAUCAGCUUGUAAAUUAUAUGUCUGAUGGCCCCUCAAUGGUAAUGAUUCUGACCAAAGAAAAUGCUGUGGAGGAAUGGCGGCAAUUAAUGGGACCGACAGACCCAGAACAAGCAAAAGAAACUCAUCCCACCUCAUUACGGGCUAAGUUUGCAAAAGAUAUUUUGCGCAACGCUGUUCACGGAUCGUCUAAUGCAGAACAUGCUGUGCAGAGCAUUAAUUUUGUCUUUGGAGAUAUCGAUCUAGAGGACCUAAAACACAAAUAUGUCUAUGUCUAGUAGAAUGGUCAAUGUGAUUUUUUUAUUUGCAAUAUAUGCCAUAACUA